GUUCAGAUGUGACACACGAUGGGCAGACGGAGGAAAAGCCUAAAUGAAAUCGGUGUUGCACAAAAGCCAGCUGCCAGUUGCAUUAUUGGAGGUGUGUCUAGCUAUUAAUGUGGAUCACGGAGCUGGAGAGCUGUGAGCUGCUGUGUGGAGCUAAAUUGCUACUGUGCGCUGCUCAGAUACAGCUGUAGAGUGAGUGCUUCACAGGGACCAGUCAGACUGAAUGAGUCUUUUAGAAUCUAUUUGGAAUUAGCCUGUAAACACAAGGGCUUUAGACACAGCCAGGCAACCUCUACUUUUCUUUCCUGCCAGCUAAACAAGUGGGAAAUGUCCUGAAGAAUUUCCACUAAGCCAGAAAAGUUGGAAUUCUGAACAAUUCUCUCCUUUUUAUUCUUUCAUAUAUUCUUGUAUCGGGAAUAACGCAGGGAAUUAAUGGUUGUUAUGUUUUUCUGCACGGGGAUUUGGUACGGGAGAAGAAUUGUGCAAUCCAACGCCUGGAAUUUCACAAGGUUAUGAGUGGUAUGUGCCUAUACUUCCACCGUGCACCCACAUGAGACUAUGUACAAGGAUCAAGAAACCCAAAUUGUCUCCUAAAACAUUAAACAAAACGAUGGAUCUCCAUUUGCUGUCUCUCAUUGUGUUGAAGUGCCUCUUUCAACUGAUAUUGUGUGACAAACAAGCAUUACAAUCUACAGGUGUGCUGAAAUGGGAAGACAAAGACCCAGCUGAAACAUUAGUUGACAACAUUGUCCACUCAAGACUCCACAGUCCCCUCCGACUAUUCGUUAAACAAUCUUCUCUUCCUAGACAAGGCCAGCUGUCAUACUUUAACACAGUUGAAAAUUUCUGGCAUUGGUUAUCUAAUAUAAGCGAUACCCAAGAAUCCCUUGUGAGAACUAAGCGCAGACCUAUAGUAAAAACAGGCAAAUUUAAGAAGAUGUUUGGAUGGGGAGAUUUUCACUCAAAUAUUAAGACUGUAAAAUUAAACUUGCUCAUCACAGGGAAAAUUGUCGACCACGGCAACGGGACAUUCAGUGUUUAUUUUCGACACAACUCAACCGGACUGGGAAAUGUUUCUGUGAGCCUGGUGCCCCCUUCAAAAGUGGUAGCAUUUGAGGCGUCUGCACAGUCAACACUUGAAAGCAAGGACGCCAAGUCAUUUAAUUGUCGCAUUGAAUAUGAGAAAACUGACAGAGCCAAGAAAACAGCUUUGUGCAACUUUGAUCCUGCAAAGAUCUGCUACCAAGAGCAGACACAAAGCCAUGUGUCCUGGCUGUGUUCCAAACCAUUUAAAGUCAUUUGUAUUUAUAUUGCUUUUUUCAGCAUAGACUACAAACUUGUGCAGAAAGUCUGCCCUGAUUACAAUUAUCAUAGUGAGACACCAUAUUUGUCCUCUGGUUGAAGAACACCUGACUAGAAAUCACUGUCUGCAGUCAAGAACGCUAGCAUUGCCUGCCAGGGGACAUUCUCCUUGGGAAGCUUCCGUUUAGCUUCUUGGCAAGCUAUUUAUUUUCUGUAUCAGGUGGGAAAAAAGUGAUUGUGACAGUGACUCGCAUACCAUUUCUAUUUAAUAAUGUUCAGAAGUUUCUGUACUGUUGAAGUGGAGUAGUCCAAAGUAAGAAUCAGGGAGUAUU